GCAGGCACAUGCAGCUCAGAAUCAUCUUAUCCUUCUAGGUGUCGACACUGAAGAAAUACUCAGAGUCUUCUGUAGGCAUACUAAAACCACUUAAAAUGGAGUUCUGCUUUGGAUCUAAGACCUCUGCCUCAUGGAUCAACUUAACCUUGCUUUGCUCAGUGCUGUGCCUGUGGACAACUGUAGAAGGCUGGUCCUACUUCUACUCCAACACAACCAUGAAUUGGAAUAAUGCUCGUGCCUGGUGCAGGGAGCACUACACAGACAUGGUGGCCAUCCAGAACCAGAAGGAGAUUGAGCAUCUCAACAGCUGGCUGCCCAGGAUACAGGGUUACUACUGGAUCGGGAUCCGCAAAGUCAAUAACGUGUGGACCUGGGUAGGGACCAACAAGACUCUGACAGCAGAAGCAACCAACUGGGCGAAGGGGGAGCCGAACAAUGGCAAGAAUGGACAGAGCUCGGGGGAUAGCGAGGAUUGCGUGGAGAUGUACAUCAAAAGGGACUUGCAGCCUGGCAAGUGGAAUGACGAGAGGUGUGCGAAGAGUAAGACAGCUCUGUGCUACACAGCUGCCUGUAAGAGCGACUCGUGCAGCCACGGAGACUGCGUGGAGACCAUCAACAGCCACAGGUGUGCUUGUUUUGAAGGCUUCUCCGGAGAGACGUGCGAGCAGGUUGCUGAGUGCGACAAAGACCAGAUCACCGUUCCAUCUAAAGGAAGUGUGGAGUGCACUCAUCAGUAUGGAAACUUCUCCUACAACUCCUCGUGCCAGUAUUCCUGCGAGGAAGGAUACCGGCUGAGUAUGUCAAGACCCCUGACCUGCACUGCCUCCACUGAGUGGUCAGAUCAGCCUCCAACAUGUGAAUUGGUUCAAUGUCCAGCGCUCUCUCGUCCAGAAAGAGGAUCCAUGAUGUGCUCCGACCCUCUGGGCCCCUCCAGCUAUCAGUCCACCUGUGUGUUCUCCUGCGAGGAGGGCUAUGUUCUCAGGGGUUCCCCGUCCAACACUCUGCAAUGUCAAGCAUCAGGAACAUGGAAUUCCCCUCAGCCGUUUUGUGUUGCUGUCCAGUGUCCCGCUAUCCAGGAGCCGGAGAAUGGCAUUGCCAGCUGUGGAGAAAACGCAGACGUGAGGUUCAGCUACGGAAACACCUGCAGCUUCAGCUGUGUGCCCGGCUAUCGCCUGUCGGGACCGAGCAGUGUGACCUGCACGUCAGAGGCAAAGUGGAGUGAGACCGAUAUGCCUCGCUGUGAAGCCAUUACUUGCAAGAGUCCAGAGGUAGGAGCUCACCUGAAAUCCCAGUGCAGCCAGACUUUGACUAAACUGGGACCAGACUCCAGCUGCAGCUUCAGCUGUGAAGCGGGCUUUGAGCUGCAGGGAGCUCAAACCAUUCAGUGUUCGCAGGACGGACAGUGGAACAAAGCCAUACCUACCUGCAGAGCAUUAGGAUGUCCUGCUCUUGAAAUUCCAACAAACAUCCAGAUGAGCUGCAGCCCGUCUCUGUCUUCGUCUGUUUCUGACGUGAACUCCCGUCCAUUUGGAAUGGUCUGCACUUUUAGCUGCGAUGACGGCCAUGAGCUGCAAGGCGCACUCACCACAGAGUGUACACUUCCAGGCCAGUGGACCUCCUCACCACCAACCUGCACAGCAGUCAGAUGCCCGUCGCUUGAGGCUCUGGAAAACGGUCACAUCAACUGCUCAGACAGUGAGCAGGCGUACAACACACAGUGCUCCUUCACAUGCAGUCAAGAUUUCUCAUUACAUGGACACGAGGUGCUCACCUGUGAUCGUCAUGGCAACUGGACUGGAGAGAAACCCACCUGCCAAGCUCCCCCAGCCAAUGUUGCUGCUGUUGCCUCUGGAGUGGCAGCAGGGGGCGCUCUGACAGUAUCCGGUCUGUCUCUGGCUGUGUGGAUCCUGAAGCGACUGAAGAAACAGGCCACCAAGUUUGAGCUGAGCAGCAAUUCUGACAUAGAGGUGCCUCCACAGGUCUACAAAAACAGCAUCGACAGCCUCAUAUAGAACAGUCAUAUACUUCAGAGGCAUAUAUUGAAAAUUGUGUAUAUCUUUUACAAAACUGUAUGGGAAUUAGCAGACAUAGUAAGAUGAACACUAUGAAUAGUAUACAUUAAUAUAAACCUGAGAUUUUACAUUUUUACUUUAUAUAU